AUGUCUGGAAUAUACGAAGCCAUCGACAACGAUAUCCCCGUACUCGGUAUUCCCGUGUUUUUCGAUCAACCGCACAACAUCGUCAACAUGGUACACUGGGGCGCGGCAGUGACGUUGGAUCACAAAACGCUGACUAAAGACAUAUUGGUGAACGCUAUCAAAGAAAUGGUUACCAAUUACGCAAAGUGAGUUUCUUUAUUUAUAUGUUAACAAAAUGACAUAAUGUGCUCUUAAUGUGUUCACAUAAAUUUAGGUACAAGUCGAAUAUAAUGAAACUUUCUAAACAGUUUAAAGGCCGUCCGAAAACACCAAAAGAAGAAUUAAUAUAUUGGACAGAAUAUGUGAUCAAACACAGAGGCGCACAUCAUUUAAAAUCGGCCGCCCUCAAUUUGUCUUAG